CAGGGCCUCCGGUGGCUGGUGGGCUUGCAUGACGCACGUCUUAACGGUAUUCUGGCGGAUGACAUGGGCCUGGGGAAGACGGUCCAGGUCAUCGCGCUGUUGUGCUACCUAGUUGAGGUGCGGGGCGAGGUGGGUCCCUUCCUUAUCGCGGCGCCCUCCUCCGUGUUGCCCAAUUGGGCGGGGGAGCUGGCCAGGUGGGCCCCCCGCCUCAAGGUGGUGGACUACCACGGCUCGGCGGAGACACGGGAACAGAUCUGGCUGGAGCAGGUGGGCUGGGGCCCCGGGGGCUGGGGGUCGUGUGUCUAUGAGUUCCUGAUGGGGCGCUACGACCGCCCGCGUCUGUCCCGGCUGCGCUACUGCCACAUCAUUGUGGACGAGGGGCACCGGCUCAAGAACGCGGGGUGCAAACUGAACUCCGAGCUGGCGCACUACCGGACCAGCAGCCGGCUGCUGCUGACGGGUACUCCGCUCCAGAACCGUUUGGACGAGCUCUGGUCGCUGCUCAACUUCCUGAUGCCCUCGCUGUUCGACAGCGGUGACGACUUCGCCGCCUGGUUCUCCGCACCCCUGGACGCACUUCGCGGCGCGGGGGGGUGCGGCUCCCGGGAGGGCGAUGUUCUGCGACCAUUCAUGCUCCGGCGUUUGAAAGAGUCCGUGGCUUCGGAGCUGCCCGCCAAGAGUGAAGUCGUACUGACGGCGGCGCUGGGGCCGUACCAGGCGUCGCUCAUGGACAUCGUUAAGAAUGGCUUCCAGCGGGCGGCGGCGGUGGGUGGCAUCAACAAGGCGGUUAACAAUACCGUUAUGGAGAUGCGCAACAUUUGCAACCACCCCUUCAUCAGCAAGCUGCAUCCGGAGCUCGGGGAGUCCUUCCUCCCCCACACAGCCCAGCGCCACUGCGGCCUACCCCCCCUCGUCACCCUGUGUGGAAAAAUGGAACUCCUGGACCGCCUGCUUGUACGACUACAUAACCACCACACGACUGGCGGUUGCGGUGGUUGUGGUGGUUUCCGCCACAAGGUGCUGUUGUUCGCCACCAUGACUCGGGCCCUGGACCUGGUGGAGGAGUACCUGGAGUGGCGGGGGUUUGAGUGGGCCCGACUGGACGGCAGUACGGCGGCGGCGGAGCGCGGGGCGUUGAUCGCGGACUUCAACCGGCCUGACUCCGAUACGUUCAUCUUCCUGCUCAGCCUCAAGGCGGGGGGUGUGGGUCUAAACCUGCAGGCCGCGGAUACGGUUAUUUUGUACGACACCGACUGGAACCCCCAGCUGGAUUUACAGGCCCAGGCCCGCGCGCACCGCAUCGGUCAAACUCGCGAGGUGCGGGUGUUCCGGUUGCUGACUGCGGGUACCAUCGAGCAGCACAUCGCCGCGGUAGCGGAAGAGAAA